AUGCCUCGGACUGCCACCCAAGGUCAUGCGUCCUACACGACUCAGGCUAGUGCCUCCGGUGAACCAACGAUCCAUGACCUGUUUGAAACCGUCACAGGGACAUGGCAGUACGUGGUAGCUGACCCAUCUACUCUCACCGCCGUCAUCAUUGACCCAGUCCUGGACUAUGAUCCCGUCACUCAGGCCAUCACCACCAAAACAGCCGACUUGAUCCUAUCCCUCGUCAAGGACAAGGGCUACAAGGUUGAGAGGAUCCUGGAGACACAUGCCCAUGCCGACCACAUCACUGCAGCUGCGUACCUUCAGAAGCGCCUCACCCAAUCGCAAGGGCACAAGCCUCUCAUCGGAAUUGGGAAGCGCAUCGAUCAGGUGCAAGCAAGGUUCGGCAAGGGAUAUGGUGUCCUGGCCAAGGAGUAUGAGUGUGUCUUUGACAAGUUCUUUGAUGAUGACGAAACUUUUGAUAUUGGAAACUUGAAGGCGAUGGCUAUUCACUUGCCCGGCCACACCCCCGACCAUCUCGGCUACAAGAUUGGAGACAACGUCUUUUGUGGUGAUUCAAUCUUUCAUGCAGACAUUGGCACUGCUCGCUGCGAUUUUCCAGGAGGCAGCGCAAGCGACCUGUAUGAAUCAGGGAAAAAGCUCCUCUCCAUGCCUAGCCACGUCAAGAUCUGGACGGGCCACGACUACCCUCCAGAAGAGAGAGGCGCCCCUAUGCCAUUCAUGACAGUUCAAGAGCAUAGGGAGCAGAACAAACACGUCAAGGACGGCAUCACCUCAGACGAGUUUGUUGCUCUGCGAAAUGAGCGAGACGCGAACCUGGCUGCCCCAAGACUGCUUCACCAGUCCCUGCAGAUGAAUAUUCGGGGUGGCCAGCUUCCUGCGCCGAAUGACUCGGGACACCGUUUGCUUCAUCUGCCGCUUAAGAUCAAGGUUGAGCCUUGGGAUGAUGGAACUUCUUGA